GAAAAGUAUUCAGUUCAACUAUUCCAGUCAUCGACUACACAUCACACAGUAAUCCAGCUACCCACCAAUACAGCCAUCAUGAAAUCAACCAUCAGCUGCUGCAUCCUGGCGACAGUUCUACUUUGCCUGUGCACUUCCAACACAGAUGCGUUUGGCCGCAAACCGAAGAAACUCAAUCCCGAAUUGGAGGCCAAAUUCGAUGUGUUGACCGCUUGGAUUGCCUAUCGUCUCAAUUUGAAACAUGCCAAGGAGGCUUGUGUAGGAGAAUAUGGUUUUACGGAUGAGCUCGCCACCAAUCUGGUCAAAAUAAAAGUGGCAAACCCAAACGAUCGGGAAAAGUGUUACGUGAAUUGUCUCUAUACGAAAUUAAUCUUCUACAAAAACAACAGCAUCAAUACGCAAGCCAUGAAGGAAUCGUUGAGUGAAAUUGUGGGCGAGGAGCGUUUAUUGAAUAUUGUCAAUUCGUGUUUGAAUGUCGGAGGCGCAAAUGACUGCGAUAAGGUGUACAAGUUCCAUGCUUGUGCCUCACCGGAAUUCGAUAAGGUACGUGAAGAUAUCUUCCAACCUGAUGAUUAAAGUGGACUAGAAGUGAGGGAGAGAUGGAGAAAUGGCGCAGCUGAGGAAACAAUGGAGUAAUAAGGCUAAUUAUAUAUAUAACUGUACCUAAAUGGCAUAUGCAAAUGCAUUUACGUAAAAAUA